GGUUACAAAAGGCAAGCAACAAGGAACUCAGUACUAAUACAGGGAGAAAACAUUACGAGAAUCGACGUUUUAGCAGGAUUGCAGUUUUUUAAAGAUCUUAAGAAAGAAGAGAAAUGUAUAAACUCGACCUUCCCGUAGAUAUGAAGGAGAGCGCUGCCAUAGAGAGGCGACGGAAUCGAGAAUUGCAGCGCCAAAGUAGGAUUUUCAACGCUCGUGUUCGAACCAUUGGGAUUGACUUGAAUGCACUCAACGAGCAAGUGCAAGAUCGUACACGACGCGAAGUUGAAGAGGAGAGGCGACAUAAUGCGUUCGCUGCUGACAUGACAAGAAAUGAUAAAAUCACUGUCUUGCUUCAGAAGCGUCAGGAACAUGACAUGCGUGAGUUGAAUAAGGCUGUGAAUGAAUUCCGUCAAUCUUACCAGCAGCCAUAUGAUAGACGUGAAUUUGACUUGAAUGAUCCGGAUAGUUUGAAGAAAGACAAACCUGCCAGGGUAUCUGAUGAUGACCCUCGUUGUGGGGUGGCAUCACUUCAGAAGUUUGUUGGGGAAGAUUUGAAUGGCAAGGCACGUGAAAAGUUACAGCAAGAACAAGCACGGGAAUGGAUCAAGCAACAAACAAAUGAGAAAGAUCAAGCUUUGGCAAAUCAGAAGUAUGCAGACCAUCUUUAUGAUUUAAAGGCAAGAGAAAUGGACCAAAGAGCUUGUGAACUUGCCAGUGCUGAAGCAGAUUGCAGGCGUGCAAUAAAUAUGGCAACUAAAGAUAUGAACCAAGCUUUGGCAAGAGAAAGGAAGGCUAAAGAAGAUGUAGAUAAACAACAGGAACAAGAUGACAACUUUACUGAAAUAUCAAACUCUGUGUUUGGUGACAUGUUGACAGAAAAUCCUGAUGUGGCCCAGAGUGCCUUUGGACCUCACAGGGUGAUCACUGAUCGCUGGAAGGGUAUGAGCCCAGCUCAACUGGCAGAGAUAAGACGUAUUCAACACGCGCAGGUGGAGGAGAAGGAGAGACUGAAACAGGAAGAGGGAGAGCAGGAAAAAGAAUACAAUAGAUUGAGGUUGACGCAAGCUAAGGCAGGAAUAAUAGCAGAACGGGGAAUUGAAAGAAAGAAAAAGGAGAUUGAAAAGGACCAGGCAGAUGAGAACAGAAGACUGGCAGCUGAACAAAGAGCCAAAAUGGAUUAUCUUGACAAAGAAGUUUACACCAAUCCCCCUACAGCAGCUUACUUUAUGCAGUAUAACACAACAAGUAGAUGAGGACCUCUCAAUACUUUAUGAAAAGCUGUAAUGAUAAUGCAUAAAAUUAUUAGGGAAACAUGCACUUAUUUGUAAACAACUUUUCCAGCUCCACAAAAUGGAAAUGUUAAGGAGUUUUAUGCAGUUGUCAAAAUUUUAUUGACAUUUCAAAUGUACUAUAUUUCCUUCUAACCUGUCUUGGUUGUACUGUACAUUUAGUUUCUAGUAUGUUAAAUUCAUUUAAUAAAGAGAGUCUGUUAUGACGUAUGACACUAAUAGAAA